AUGGCUGGAACGGCUCACAGGGCCCGCUCGCAGGUGGUUCUGACCCAGUCGGGGCCAGCGCUGAAGAAGCCCAGAGAGUCCCAUACGCUGCAAUGUGCCAUCAACGGAUUCACUCUUAGCAGCGCCUGGAUGUACUGGAUCAGACAGGAGCCCGGGAAGUGGCUGUUUGCUUAUUAUUAUGAGCUGAACUCUAAGCACUAUGCCUCCUCUGCCCAGGGCCAAUUCACAGCCUCCAAGGACAGCAUCAACUUCUAUUUAGGAAUGACCAGCCUGAAAGUGGAGGACACCGCCGUGUAUUACUGCGCCAGAGACACAGCUGCACCUGGGGAGACAAUCCGCAGCCCCUGGGUCUGUGCAGUUACCAGCAAUUCCCUAAGAACUUUCCCCUCGAGCACCAGGGAAAAUGAGUCUCUGUCUCCUAGUUUUCAUUGCUGCGGCUUUGGGAGGGCCUGCUCGCAGGUGGUUCUGAGCCAGUCGGGGCCAGAGCUGAAGAAGCCCGGAGAGUCCCACACGCUGCAAUGUGCAACCAGCGGGUUCACUCUUAGCAGCGCCUGGAUGGGCUGGAUCAGACGGGAGCCCGGGAAGGGGCUGGAGUGGCUGGCCAGGUACUAUGAUCCCUCCAUCCACAGUUACGCCUCCUCCACCCAAGGGAGAUCUACAGCCUUCGAGGACAGCACCACUUUCUGCUUCCACAUGAACAGCCUGAAAGCCGAGGACACCGCCGUGUAG